AUGAUUACACCCCAAAGCACUUUCAAGUCGCUGAGCAAGCCUCUAAAGGUGACCGGAGGAGGUAACUUUACUGCAAUUUUACUGGAAAAUGGCGAGCUGUAUGUUGCUGGGGAGUGCACCUUGGUAAGCAGGGAAAAAACGGCCGGCUGGUGCCAGAUCGAAGGGCUAUUCCGCGACGUUGCUUGUGGGUGGUCGCAUAUCAUAGCAGUCACUUGCGAACAGGAAGUUGUCACUGCAGGGAUAGGCGUCAAGGGCGAACUUGGAUUAGGAUCCAAAAACAAGACGAAUCAAUUUGAACGUGUUUUAGCCGUCCAAUCCCCGGGCGCUCAAGUUUUUGCUUGUUUCUACAACACCUACGUUCAAGAUGGAGGAAAACUAUAUGGGUGGGGAUCCAAUACGAAGUGUCAAGUCUUGAGCCCGAAGUCGAAAGCCGUCAGCUGUCCAGCGCUUGUGUACGAGGGCAAGAUCUCCAACGUUUGCGUGGGCAAGAAUUCAGUAUGCUUCGUUGGGGACGGUUUAAUUCGCGCUCAAGGAGCCAUUGCUAAGUACCUUCCUCAAAUGCGCAGCGAACCAGUCCUAGGUGAAAAACUUGAACUAAGAAGUAUGUGGACCUCAAUUACUGCUUUCGACCACCGCAACUUUCGGUUCUUUGGACCCGCUGGCCAGAUGCAAGAUGCGAUAACAUUUUGCAAGCAGCCGCCCGCCUACGCCGUGAGCUGCUGGGGCACAGGAAGUGAGCAUGGCGUUAUGUGCUGCGAAGAUCGCGUCUACUGCUGGGGCUGGGGCGAGCACGGGAACUGCGGCCCAACGAAUGCCACCACCGCCGCCAGCCUCACCAGUGGUAUCAACGAUCAGUCGAAUACCAAGAGUGGCGUGAACAUGGUUUAUAUUACUUCACAUCAAGAAGAAGUGGUGAGCUGCUUCGGCGGAUGCGCCACGACCUGGAUCUGCAUAAAGAAAACUGGCGCUUAA